GACAUCAAUUCUAUCAACGAGCUGUGGAACACCCUCAGGCAACAGAAGCAGCGCCAAAUGGCCAAGGAACCUCCAAAAGUCAGCUCCUUAAAGGCGCCGACGCCUAGCGUACAUUCCCCUCCCCCAUCACGUACGCCAGAUCCUGUGGGGGUGAGAAAAGUGACGUCGCCUCAACCUCUCAAGAGGCGCAAGUCAAAUGUCUCGUUUCGAGAGUCCCGUGAUGGUCGUACUGUCACGGCCACGUUUAACCUACCGGGCAUCAAAAAACACAAUGCCCAUGUUAGCUAUCGCGGCAGUCAUCUGACUGUAACAUGGGAAACAGUCAAGAUCACUGAGAUCGAUGAAGGAGGAACGCUAGUGAGGGAACGAGAAAAAAAGGAGUUUUCUAGAACUAUUCCUCUUCCAGAGGGAACCAAGUUUGAAGAAGUUGGCGCACGUAUGGACGAUCGUUAUUUGAUCCUGACGUACCCAAACAUGCGGUCAGUACGAGUGGAGCCUCGA